CAACUGCAAUCUAAGGAUAAACAUAGAUCCGCAGAAACAACCUCUCUCUCUCUCUCUCUCUCUUGAUGAUAUCAUAAGAUCGUUACUCAGAUUCUAAACUCUCAGAAGCGGAAAUUAUUACGCCAGAAUAGUCGUUCCUGCUUCACCGGUAAUGGGUUUUCUCAACAACCACUGAGAACGGAAAUGGGUGGUGAAGAGUUCGCCGGAGAAUCCAACACGGCGGAGGCACUCACCGGAGCUUCCCGCCUCCGGCGAGCCGUCGAGCUCAUCUGCUCCUUGCUCUCUCUCUCUCACUCGAUCAAGGUCUUCGCCGGAAAAUGGAAACUCAUUCGGAACAAGCUGGAAGAGCUUCACUCCGGUCUAAUCGCCGCCGAUAACUGCGAUUCCGGCGAGAACCCAUCGCUCUCUCGGUUGGUUUCUUCGAUUGUGGCCACCGUGAAGGAGUGCGACGAUCUGGGUCGGCGCUGCGUCGAUUUCUCCUACAGUGGGAAGCUACUGAUGCAGAGUGAUUUGGAUGUGGCGUUCGCGAAGCUCGAUGGACACGCGAAGAAGCUUUCGGAGAUAUACAAGACGGGUAUUUUGACAAAUGGGUAUGCGCUCGUUGUGUCAAAACCGAGUCUUGGAGCUUCCAAAGAGGAUGUGAGGUUCUACGUGAGGGACUUGUUGACGAGGAUGAAGAUUGGUGAUUUGGAUAUGAAGAAACAGGCCUUGAGGAAUCUUCUUGAGGUUGUGGUGGAGGAUGGGAAGUAUGUGAAGGUGGUUGUGGAUGUGGGUGAUGUUGUUCAUGUGCUGGUGAGUUUCCUGGGUUCCACUGAGGUUGAAAUCCAAGAAGAAAGUGCUAAGGUGGUUUGUGUGGUUGCGGGUUUUGAUUCCUAUAAAGGUGUUUUGGUUGGUGCCGGGGUUAUUGCGCCGUUGAUUCGGGUUUUGGAUUGUGGUAGUGAGUUGGGGAAGGUUUGGGCUGCGAGAUGUUUGAUGAAAUUGACUGAGAAUUCGGAAAAUGCUUGGUCUGUUUCGGCUCAUGGAGGUGUCACUGCCUUGUUGAAAAUUUGUGGUAAUGAAGAUUGUAAAGGGGAUUUGGUUGGUCCUGCUUGUGGGGUGUUGAGAAAUCUUGUUGGUGUUGAGGAAAUAAAGAGGUUUGUGGUUGAGGAGGGUGCUGUGACCAUGUUUAUCAGGCUUGUGAGAUCCAAGGAGGAAGCAAUUCUGGUGAAUUCCAUAGGGUUCAUUCAGAAUAUUGCCUCUGGGGAUGAGUUGGUUAGGCAGAUGGUGAUUAGAGAAGGUGGAAUCCGUGCUUUGUUACGUGUUUUGGAUCCUAAAUGGUCGUAUUCUUCUAAAAGCAGGGAGAUAGCAAUGAGGGCUGUUGAGAAUUUGUUUUUUUCUUCAUCUAGUUCUGUAAGUGUUUUGAUGAGUUAUAGUUUUGUGGAUCAGCUGCUAUGUUAUAUUCGAAAUGGGGAGGUUUCAAUUCAAGAGUUGUCUCUGAAAGUGGCAUUUAGAUUGUGUGGAACAUCGGAGGAGGCUAAGAAAGUAAUGGGUGAUGCAGGUUUUAUGCCAGAGUUUGUUAAGUUUUUAAAUGCAAAAUCUUUUGAAAUUCGUGAAAUGGCUGCGGAGGCACUCUCUGGCAUGGUUAAGGUACCUAGAAAUAGGAAGAGAUUUGUGCAGGAUGACCAUAAUAUGGCCCUUCUUCUGCAAUUGCUUGACCCGGAGGAGGGAAAUUCAGGUAACAUAAAGUUCUUAAUCUCUAUCUUGAUGUCAUUAACAAGUUGCAACAGUGGGAGGAAAAAGAUUGUUAGUUCUGGAUAUGCCAAAAACAUAGAAAAACUUGCAGAGGCUGAAGUUUCUUCUGAUGCCAAGAGACUUGUGAGGAAGCUAUCAUCAAACCGGUUCCGCAAUAUGUUAAGUGGAAUCUGGCACUCAUGAAUGUAAUACAUGUUUUUACCCUUUUUUAACUGUAUAUUUUCAUAAGUGUCUUACAAGUUUUGCUAAUUUCCCCCCCCCCCCCCCCCCCCCCCCCCCCUUCUCAAUAUGCUUUCUGUUUUAUUCCAUUGGCCUUGCCUAUGACAAGAGUAGCACAGGUUUAUAUUGAGAUUGUAACCAGAUGUAGUGAUACCAUAAAAGCUUUGUUGUAGAUUUUCUUGAGGAUAUACUCUGCCAUUGCUUUUAGGCCUUUAGCUAUGGUAGGUUGUACCAAAGAAGGAAAGAAUUAUAUUAUAUUAUAUCAAAAAAAGAAGAAUGUAAUUACUAAUUACAAUUAUUCACAUA